CCGCGCGCCCGCCGCCCGCCGCGCACCCGCGCUCGCUCGCGCACCAACCCAUGGACUACGAUCGACCAAGCGAACUCACACUUUAUUUUAUAAUCACCUCCUUAGCACCCAAUAAAACCCACGCCACAAUCAUCGAACGAAUCCUCCGAGCUUAAAAUGACAAUGAAAAGUCACUUGCGAGAACUUUUGUCGACUUUCCAAAACUCUUAGUGACCGUCAUAUCCCACUAGAAAAACCCGCUUCAAAGUUGUUUUAUUAUUCAAAAAUGCUUCUCAGAGUAAAAUUAUAUCGGAACCUAUUUAUACACAAGAAACGACUGAAAUUUUCUGAUUGCAACCUUUGAAAAGUUUACACGCGGUUUAUGAACUAUUUACACUGUUUUACAAAUCGUUUUGGACAUUAUUUUUAUCCUUCGUAAAACUACCCUCUAGAACAUUAAGCCAAUAUGACCAAAGACAUUUAAAUAAAUAUAAUAUUAGUGUGCGUUUUAAAUAUCUAAAUUAGAAGUGUUGAAAGACAAACUAUUAAGUGUGUUAUCAAUAGAUUAGUUCUACUAUAAAUAGUAAUUAGUGGGUGUGUUAGUGUAUUUUGUAAAUUAUAAUCAUCAUAUCCUGCGGCUAUUCAUUAUUAAAUUGGUUGAAGAUUCGUUGUACGGAAUUGGCAGACUUUACACGAAGAGACCCUCCUACCCUACCUACUAUGGCUCAACAUCCCUUCCAUAAAACAUUCCUUAAUCGUUCUUCAACUUACAUUAUAGUACGCAAAAAGCAACUUAACAUUUAAAAACAUUCCAAUCGACGUAAACCUUCUUACUUAUUACUGUGUAAAAUCCCGUCCUAACGGAAGAUAAGUACCAGAAAGAGUUGCUCGCCACUAGUUCCUAGAAGUAGCUCAAUCGACGCGCGUAAACCUCUUCGGAGGGCGCGAGGGGCCUGCGCGAUGCGGUCUCGCCAGGGAUGUACGUAAUAUAUCCUGCGGAUGAAGUAGUUUCCCUGACAUACCGCUCGCAAUCGCUGCCUCGGCCACGGCAGCGGCCUACGCUUGACUUGAUCUACGGGCCGCCGCCGCGAGCGCCGUUUAGCGCGCUACCCCCGCCCCGUACCCCCACCCUCAUCAGCGACCAAACCCACCUCAAAACGGCGCCUCCGGAGCCACCAGAGCGCGCGCCGGCAUCGCCGACGCCGUCGCUCGAGCGCCCAAAGCUGCGCGAGCGCACCAAGGCGAAGCUGCUCAAGAAGCUUGGUCGCCAUGAGGACAAUGAAUUCGGCAAAAUUGUUAGAACCCCCGCUCCCGAUGAAUUCGAACUGCCCGCUCCCCUUCCUACUCCAGCAUUCUCGAGAAAGAAUAUUUUCGACCGCGACUUCGAUGCACUGUUCGAAGUGGCGAAUUCGCCGCAGUUUGGUGCUCAUAUCCGAGUUACUACACCAGAACCGGAUCGCCGUUCCGAUGUAUCGGCGGCACACUUUCCCACACCUACAGCGUCCACGCUGAGCCUCCUACCACCGCGGCCGCAGUCCGAGCCGAGCUCCUCGCCCGCCACCUCUGCUCGUACCUCUACGCCUUCGACGCCAACACCACAACGAUCGUCCACUGAAGGUCCGAAUACUAAGUCGAAGAAAGUUAGUUUCUUCCGUAAGCUGAGUCGGGCGAAAGAGCCGACGCUGCCGCGUCCUGCCACCAUGCAGCAGCAGCCGUCUCUCGAGAUGGCUCUGCGAGAGCUCACGCACCCGACGCACAACGAACAGCUCAAGAAUCAACAGCAAGUCACAUUCAAGCUGGUCAAAACAGUGGCUGACUUCACGACGCAGCUGUCCCAACUAUACGAGCAUCACUCUUCAGAGUUGCAGAUCCUCGUCGCUAACUUCCGUAAGCGAAGCAGUGAGCUGAGGAAAGAGAGAGCAACAUGUCCAUCAUCAUUAUUCCAUACGUGGGAGACGUUACUGCAAGAGGUAGAAGCUGAUGUGGUCGGGUUCAACAAUGCUGCACAAUCCUUGGAGAGGCUGGUGGCAACACCACUUAUAGAACGCACCUUCCAUAUGAAAGUUCAAGCUCGGAAACUGUUCGCCCAUCGAGAGGGAUGUGAAGUGAUCCUUGGAAAGGCUGACGAUCAAUUGAACAAGAGUCGUCAAGACUACAGAGGUGCUUUCCUGAACUACUGCAACAACCCAACACCAGCUACCUUGGCUACGUACUAUGACUCCCACAAUACGUACGUGCAACAACUGACGGCCACAAACGCGAUGCUGGAUCAGUAUUAUAAGCACACCCUCCCGACUAUACUACAGGAAUUGGAAGAGAUACUGACCGAUGUUACCUCGGCAGUCAGUGAAGCAAUUUGUCAGGAGGGUGAAAUUGUUACGGAUAAGAGCAACAACCAGCUUCGUCGCUACGAGUCUCUCUGCGCGCAAGCCCGUGCGGUAUCCAGCACGGCUGACCUGGCGCAUUUGGCGCGAACCCUGCUCACCGCCACGCCCCCGAUGCGACCACCAAAGAGGACCUUCCUACCACCGUACCCACCAGACGCUGAUGACCCACCCCUGGACGUGCCCGCGGAAAGCAUGCCGCCAAUACUACGUGGAGAGGUGCUCCUGGACAGGAUGGGUGCACAAGCACGCGUCAACUAUGAACAGCUUAAGAAAGACGCCAUAGAUCUAGAACUGCAAAUAAAACAACUACAAGACAGCCUCGAUUCGCUAGCUCGUCAUCAAAGCAGGGGUCUUGAGAGCAAUCUCUACAACAAAGUUAAUGAAAUUCAGGAGGACAUUUCCAUCAAGAAAUACGACUACAGAGCAACACAACUGCAUCUAGCGGCCGUUAGAGCCCAGAGAGAAUUGUUUGCGGCAAAAGCAGACAGCGGAGCCGCAGCAGUAGACCGUAAGCUGUCCUCAUCGUCGGCUGGCAGCAUGAAGAAUAAGUGGCUAAAGGCUUUCCGAAGCUUAAAGCCCCCCAGCGCCCCUCCACCCCACGCGGCACCACCAGACAAGAGGAAUGGAGCAGCAAGAGACGCUAUGCGCGCAGGAGGCGAUUCUGAAGCACACAACUUUCAAGAAUACACGUAUAAGAAAAUAACGCCUUGCGAUGUCUGCUCACAAGUACUUAGAGGUCAUACUCGCCAAGGCUUACGCUGUCGGCUAUGUAAGAUGAACGUGCACACUGACUGCAUGCCUCAGGUCGGCAGGUGUCAGACUAAGUCUCGACUCCUGCGCAGGCAGAAGAGCACAUCCGAGAUAGAGUCCCACAGAGUAUUGGAAACAGCCUUCGACGAUGAAAAGGAGGAAGUGGAUCUGACCUACCAAGUUCUGAAGAGGGCCAACGAAAUUGGGAAGCCGGGCGGCGGCGGGGAAUCGCGCGGGGGCCCGGUAGUGCGCGUGUCAGCCCCGGAGGAGACGCCGCCCGCGCGCUCGCCGGCGCGGCCGACCGCCGGCCUGGCCGUGGCGCCGCAGCCCGUCUCCUCUAGCUCAGGUUCAAUGAAGAACUCCAAGAGUGCCCAAAUGUUGAGGCAAGCAGACCGCACCAGUCCCUUACCUGCGCCGCAUUCUCCGAGACGUCAAAAGUUGAACCUUAGAAUGAAGAGUUUGUCGCUGGACUCGCCGGAGUGUGGCGAGCUGAGGCGGCGGCCUGCGCGCGACCAGGCCUCGCAGGGCAGCCGCGUGCUAUGUAACUGCAGAGCAGUUUGCAUGAGGCAUGGCUUUAAUAGAAUAAAUAACUAUUCAAUUCAUAGUUAUACACGUUCAUCACCGUCGUCGCCGGUACACAGUCGGAGGAUGCUUAGCGCGCGCGGGGGACGUAUGAGCAGCGUGGAGCUGCCCGAUGAGCCCGACAAGAGCCUGUCUUCGAACAGCGCUAGUCCGUGCCCUUCGCCAGUCAAGCAGAUGAGCAAACAUCAAAGACUCCUGCCAACGAAUCUAUACGUGGUUCUGUACAACUUCAAGUCGCGUCAUGCCGAUGAACUUGACCUUAAGGCCGGCUACAAGGUCACCGUGAUCGACACCUCGGAUCCUGAUUGGUGGAAGGGAAAAUGUCUCGGCAAGAUUGGAUACUUCCCAUCUAAAUACUGCACCAAGCUGCAGGCAGGGGAGAGGGCUCUGCAAGUCACGCAUAAUCUUCAGGUAUCAGACGGUGACAGCGGCUUAAUGCUUCUCCGCGAUCAGAUCGUGAUCCAAGUGGGUGAGGAGGUGGACGGUAUGAUGCUGAUCCGCUCGGGCGACAACCGCCAGGGCGUGUGUCCGGUCAAGUUCUUGCAGGAAGUGUGACGCUUCAAGCUGCCUAAUUUCGAUUUUAUGAGAAAACGCGGCUCCCUAACUGACGAAACGAUACCAACACGAUACGCACCAAAAACGAUCCGAAGCGCUCCGGUCACGCCUUGCGACAGCGAAACAUCCACAUGGUCCGACCGCAACCGUAGCAAGCACAGCUACGAAUUUCCCUCAGGAUACGCCACUAGCUACGGCGACUACGAGAAGUCUAGCUACAACUCCGGCUACGACUACACCAAAGCCGGUUACGAAGCGUCUACAUCUGCCGCGUCUGCGUCGACUUCGCAUAAUAAAGGCUACGAAUCGGGGGUGUAUGACAAAAGCUACGAAGCGUAUGAUAAAGGUUACGAGGGUUCGUAUAGGUACGAAGGUUCUACAGGGUAUGAUAAGGGGGAGCCGGGUUUCAAGCACAGUUAUGAGUCUGAGGGUAUGUGGUGGUGGCGUAGGCCGCUGGGUGUCCGUCGUACGUCGUGCCGGCGAUGUGGCGCGAACUCGGCCACGCGGCCGCUGCGCAUGACGCCGUGCGCAGGCGUGGCGUGUGACGCCGAGCCGCCGCGACGCCCCGUCAUGUCGCGCGACCGACCGCUGCAGUUCGUUAAGCAACUCUUUUUGUAAUUUUUAUAUAUCAUUAUUAUAUGUAUUACGUAUCUUGCGAAUAUACGUUAUGUUUUGUGAUUUUGAGUAGAUUCUCUAGGACUAUUCUACUAGGAUCAAACUUCAGACCUAAGCGAUCUGCUACUGUCUGCAGUAGAUUUAAGCCAAGUGGGUAAGCGGUUAUAUAUUACUGUUUAUCCACGGCGACAGCGAAUAUCGCGUAGAUCUGAAGAACGAAGAAACUGGCCUUUAGGUUAAAAUUAGUUUGGCUUCAGAAAUUGCCUUUCGAUUAAUACAGUUUAGUAUUUUGUCGUUUGAUAACUUAUGUAUUGUAUUGUACUUAUACAUUAUGCUAUAAUUAAGUAAUUAGACUUUUGGUUUUAACUGAUUGGAUUAAGGCAAUAACGGUUAGGUAUACAAUCACGGCCUACGGUAAUAUUACUUUUGGUAAUUUUCGUAUUCUCCCAAUUUACAUGAUUUUAUAAUGUUAUAUAUUUAUAUAUUAUACACAUUAUAAUAGGUCCAUUUACGUAAAAUUACUUGGCAACAUAUCAUUUUUUGAACAAUGUGAUUUAAACUUAAAUUAAUUUAAUUGGAAUAUAAAUAUGUACUAUUGUAUGAAAUAAGACUUAUGUAUUAAAUGAAAGCGUGAUUUACAAAAUAUGUAUUGCGAAUUCGCCGAAUUUUGUGUGAAUUAUGUAUUUCGAUUGCUUAAAGCUGAACAAAAUCGACACGGAAAUAGAGAAAAUAGUAAUAAGAGAAUAUUGGUAGGUAGAGGAGAUGGUAAAAUAUGAUUAGUGUAUCGGAUCGGUAGAUUAGAACCGCACGCUACUUAAGUUAAAUAAUAUCAUUAGUUGAUAGCAGGAAUGUUUAGUUUAGACUUUAGCCUUACAUCGUAGUCCUAAUUAGCCGGUUGCAUCGGUCAAUGAUUAACACAGAGUGGAAUAGUAUACUAACUAGAAAACUGCGUACAUUUACCUAACUGUUAUGAAAAGUAUCGGUACUCUAUUCUAUGGUAAUUCCGUCUCAGGUCAAUGACCUUAUCCUUCCACUACAGCUAUAAUUUCUAGCUCGAGCUCGCCAACAUAUUGCUCACACUUUUUAUACUGAAGUUACAGUUAUUCUUCUUUAUGAAGUUACACAAAACUUUCAUAAAUAUUCUCAGGUGCAGCUUUGAUUUUUAGAUAAUCCAUCUCAAGUGCCGAAUGUUUUCUAUUUGGAUAAAGUGAGUUUUUUUACAAACAGAUUGCGAUUAAAUUAUUUUACUUUGUCGUGUCGUGUAGUACUGAGUCUUUCAAGAGACUUGGCAUUUGGUUUUAAAUCAGAGCAAUCUGACGUGGUCUUUGCAGAUUAUUCUUUAAUUUAAAAAAGAUCUAUUAAAGACCCUACACAUUUACCAACACCCCCUAAAAACAUUAACCUGUAAGGUAAAAUGUUUUGACUACCUGUUACUGUAAACAAAAUAAAUUAAAAAGUUCUUCUAGUCAAAAACGGAAACAAAAACUGGUUUAAAAAAAAAGAUUACUUUACAAAAAGAGAUUACUUUUACAAAACUAAAGAAAUGGGCUGCCAUUGAAUACCUAAUUAGAAAACCAUACACCGAAUAUGUAGGCACACGAUAUCAAAUGACUUACCGAUUUCUUAGCCAGGUUAUCGAAUCGCAAUAAAUUGAUUCAUUAAUAAAACGUCUAUUAAAUAACUACCACAACCAAAUCCACAAAAAAUACAUAACCUACUUAUAUAAGUAUAGUAUCAGAAUAAUAUCAAAUUAGUAGGAGAAUAAAUAAAUAUAAGUUAGUUGAGACGUCUCGUCCACUCGAUGUCUACAGACUUUAGCCAUUCAGUUAAUAAAUAUGAAAUAGUUUUAUUAUUAGUAUUGAAAUACACUACAAGUAAACAUCUUUAUUUUUGUUUUGAUAUUCAACGAUAAGGGAAAUAAAUUAAAUAGGUAUUUAUUAAUAUAAAUACUUAAAUACUAUGUAUAUAUUUUGGUGUCACUACAUGCCUUUUAUCUAAGUUCAGUGAGCAAUUAUUAUUCGCAUUUUGUCUUAGAUAAUUUGCAAUAGUUUAAUUAAGUAAUCUCACAGUACCUAUAAAUAAUUAAAAUAAGACAGCCAAUUAACUAACUGAUGAGAUUAUUUAGCACCUUGACAUAAUUAUUAUAUGUAAAUACAUUUGCUUAAGUUUUGCCUUUAUUUAAGCAUUUAUUUAUUAUGGUUUAGUUUACAAAAGUUAUAUAACAGAAUCUUAUUUAGUCAUAGUUUUUAUGUUUUGGUACCUUAUAGUAAUUCGCAUCGUUUUAGCUAUAGAGUAAUAAUAAUUACCUAAUAGUAGGUUUACACUAAGAGAUAGAAACGCAUAGAAGUGUUGACUGUUUUAUUUAAUUUGGAGUUAGCCCAAAAAUAUUUACUACAUGAGUGCUAUUUUUCAUACCCCGUUAUAGUUAGCUUCUUAUAUUUGGAAUUUAAUUACUAUAUCUGCAUACUUAUUUACAAUAUUCUCUAUUCCUAAUUUCUUGAAAAAAAUAUAUAUACAGAGUCCCAAAAAUAUCUUAUAAUCGAUACUUUAUUAAUGUUAACGCAUUAUUUUAGUUAACACGUUAAGCCGUCCCCUGAAGUUUUAAGAAUAUAUACGUAUAUGAAUAUAUAAAAUAUAUACAUUACCAAAUUAAUAAUAAGAUGCACAUAACAUAUACAUAGAUAUUUUAGUGCGUAAAACGUAAUGUACGAGUGGUCGUUGAAAGAGUGGGAAUAAUAUGAGAUUAGAAACGUUCAUUGCCGGAUUUGAGCUGAUAAAAUGAGAAAACUCAACUUUAGGACAUUCCUAUUGUUAAAAUGUAAAAGGAUGUAAUGGCACGAACUGCCGUUUUAAUUAAUACCACUUCAAUCGCCAUCACAAUGAAACAAUGGUUUUUUUGCGAUACACGGAAGGCGAAAGCAAUUACCUACAUGAGAACUAUUCAGUGGAUACUUUUUAAUGUUCGACCUUCAAUACACAAGUAAAAGGUUCAACCUUGUGUAGUUUAGAAAAUUUAAAAAGAAAAUAAGGUAAAAUUCACAUACCUGGGUAUUUUUGCGGUUUUACCAAAUUGAGCUAAAGCUAUAUUUUAAUCCUAAAUACUAAAGUGAGACAGGUUCCUUAUAAAUUCGUUGCAUAAAAUGCUCUAGUAUUAUUUAUUUGGCUAAUUGAAAAGCUUUAUAAAAGUUAUAUAUUCAUAAAAGGAGGUAUUAUUAUACAUGAUUGACACAGCUCUGAAAUCUGUUGAGCACUAAUGGCGUAGUCCAUUUAAAAUCACGGACAAAAAAAUAGAUAUCAAACUUGUACAGCCCAUUAGAGAUUAGAACGACUAACAAUAUACGCAUAGUUUACGAGUUGUCAUCGUACAUAAACCGUUGUGACUAGAUCAAUUUGAUGGUAAUAACUAGGUAUAUCCAACUGCUUAUUAUUUAAGGGAGGUUCAUUUUCAAGAUUAGCAUACAAACGGUUGCAAAAUAAUGUAGGGAGUGCCAUCUGAACUUGUGCAGAGCCUUAGAUGGAUUGAGAAAUCAAAUUGAUCAAUCUACACGGUUAGAAAAGCUGCCAUGAUAAUAGGUAAUCCCAGUUAGCGGUAUAUAAACCUUUAAAUAAAUAAAAUGGCUUCAAGAUUCUAAACUUAACCAUAAGAGACCCUACUUUAGGUAGGAACUUCUGUAUUUAUUUAAAUUACAGAAUUCAUUUUCAAAACAUAGGUAAUUGUUUAGUUGCACUUUAAGAUUUAAAAUUUAAAUUACCAUUUUAUGUGUAUACCACAGUUCUAAAUGUAAAAGAUCUAAAAAUUGUUGUAUGAGUUCAUAAAUUCGUUAUUAAUUGGUCCAUAUUAUAUGAGUCUUAUAAUUACAUAUUUGACAAGUGAUUUAAUUAAAUAUAGGAAAUUAACGAGACGUAGCGUGUAAUUAAUAAUAUAUAUAUGUAUUUAUAUCUCUCUUACCCCCUAUUUCAAUUCUUAUAUCUUACAAACAUCCUUUAAAUAUAAAAAAUAAGACUACUACUCAAAAUCCGUCUCAUUUAUUCAUAAUAGAAUUACAAAAACAAAGAAACGACGUGAAAACAUACCCGUCAGAAACAUACAUGUACAGACAAGGUUUGCAUUGCCAGAUUUUGAAACCAUAAUAGUUAAAAUUAAAAAAAGCUAAUCCUAAUACCUUAACCGUCUUACCACAAAAACUUUUAAACGUCAGUUUAAGACUUGUCUAAAAAAAAUUCAAAUUAUGACGUUGAAAUAAGGUCCAUUUCGGAACCACAAUUUUUUUAGACAAGUAUUUGACACGUGGUUAAGUUUUUGUAGUAAGACCAUAACUAUUUAUGCUACUAUAACACAGAUAAAAAAAUAUAUAAAAGAAUAAUUAAUUUCACAUACAUAUACAUUUUACAGAUUGAAAAUUAUUUAUAUCUAUAGAUACCUUAUAUUUAGAAUAUACGAAAGUUUAUCUAGUCUCCGUAACAGACUCAUUCGUAGACGUAGAUUUGUGUUACGAAGAAGUAACUUAACGUACCCUUUAGCAUAGUUAGGUGUUCGUGCUAAAUGUUCAAAGAUAUCCAACACUUUAAUAGUGUUCCACUUUACAUUAAUCCAUAUUAUGAGAGUAUUCGUAAUAAGUAUAGUAAAAAACACGUACGAAAAACGGAACCAAAUUAUUAAAUUAAAUAUAUUAUGUAUUAGCAUAGGUCCUAGAAUCCUGCGAGAUGAAUCCCAAGUGAGAUGUUUGUAUUAUAAUUAAACUAAUAUUUUAGUCAUUCUUAAAUGGUAAUGACAUUUAAUUAUCAUUUAUUUUUUUGGUCUGUCUCUAACUAUGAAGUAUAACAACUACUUACUUAAUGACAUCGUGAUUUCAUACUGUUUGCUGAACUUUUUGUGAUAGUGAAAAAAGAUGUGAGGAAAUAUCAAAAUUGUAUUUUUUGUCGAAAAUAAACCUUAACUUUUGUGAAAAGAAACAUUUUCCUGUACCUUCCUCUAAAUAUUUAUUCUAUAUCCUAUACUUACCUAAGCCAUAUAAAUCAAGUUAUAAAAUUAUAUUGAUAAGAUUACCUAUAUUCAAUUGUUUGAAAUAAAAAAAUAUAUUAAAAUUAAAAUAUUCCUUAAAUUACCUAACUAUAAUAUUCUAAUUUAAUCCCAAUGCAAUUUAAGUGUGAAGACUGAAAUAUCAAAUUGUUGUAAAGUUUUUGAACGGAGUAAUUAUACUUGUAGUUAGAAAUGGCCACACUUAAUUGUUAAUCGUGAACACGAAUUAUCCAAUGAGCUAUUAUUAUAAGUAACACCGACUUAGGUUUAGCAAACAUACAGAUUAUGUGACUUGUCGUUUAGUUUAGGCAAAGACCUAUUCGUGAAAAUAAUGAUUGUUUAGAAAAAAGUACCUAAUUGUCGCUUAUGUUCUGUUAAAAAUGCGUUAAUUUAAUUUCGAGGUUUAUUGAGAAUGUUGUGUUAGUAAUAAAGAUUGUGUCUUAAAA